AUCCAGGAGCUUGUACUACGCCUCGUCGGAGCCCACCUGGAGGACCACAUCCCGUCGCCCCUCACGUUCGAGGGAGAGUACUAUACUUUGCACGCUAUGCACGCCCCAUGGUCCUUCGGAAAGAAGGUCGCGUUCAUGUGGGGCGACGAUCACUUGGAGACUUGCGAAGACAAGUGGACGUUCGUUUUUGAGGCCAAGCGACGUGCGCAGAAGUCGGAGCAUGGAACGCAACUGUGCUGA